AAGAAAUCUCACCGUCAGGUAUAAAUACAUGUUAUCAGCACCAAAAACCCUAACUCAGAGAUUACGCACUCCUUUCAGCUAAUCACAGCCGUCGGAAGAAAAAGGAGAGAAGCAAAUCAGCCAUGGGAAAAGUGCACGGAUCCUUGGCACGUGCCGGUAAGGUGAGAGGACAGACACCGAAGGUAGCGAAGCAAGAUAAGAAGAAGAAACCCAGAGGACGUGCUCACAAGCGUCUUCAGCACAAUCGCCGUUUCGUUACCGCCGUUGUUGGUUUCGGUAAGAAGAGAGGACCCAACUCUUCUGAGAAGUAGAAGAUUGAUGAUAUUUGCAUGAAAGAGAUGCUUCUUUCAAAGCUCUAUUGCUCUUUUUGUAACUUGAUCUUUCUCCGUUUGUUUUAGUCAUGUAUCUUUGGUUCUUAACUCUAUAUGUUUUGAUUCCAUGCUAUGAAAUACGAUCUUAGUUUUGAA